UGCUGAACCUAGAUCAGUGGUCUAGGAGCAGGAGGCACUGCAGUUGAAACAUGAGAGGAGAUUCAGGAAACGAAUCGUGACUGCAGUCACAGAUCACCAAAUCAGCAGCUCACACCGGUGAUGAUGGAAGACUGACAAUUUGAAAGAGGGCGAGGGCAACGGAUUGAGAGACAUUCGUGAAUAAUAAUAAAAUUUACUUUACAUCAAGUUGGAUGGAAGAAACUCGAACAUUCUGCUACGUCACCUGUCAAGAAAAAAUGCCAAGUGUUACAAUGACAACGUGUCUUUUGCAGGUAGCUAGCAACGAAGCUAGCUUGAUUCUAGAUAGCCAUCCAUCCAGGUCUGUCUGAUAGCGAAGUCACAGGGGUGCGUGGAGUUGAAAAAAAAUGAAUAUCGUUUUUGGUGUACUGUUCCUCUAAUUGUACGACCUCGCGGUUCAUUUCUGUUCGCGCGAUACGCUUGCAAGUUAGGUUUUCUCUCAGCAAGCGAGCUAGCUAGCUAGUAAGCUACAUAAAGGUGGCGCGUAAAAUGCAGUAGCCAGGAAAAAGACAACCACGUUAAUUAAGGCUAGCUAUCUUGUAACUACAGCAACCAAGUGACUGACAACCUGUCAAAAUAGUUUUGACAUUACUGCAGAUGCCGAGGAUAAUUUAGUCUGUUUGUGCCAGCAAGUUAAUUUGAACGGGGAUGCAUUUCUACGGUCGGAUUUGGCAGCAGUUGGACUUGCUGAACACAUCACAGCAGCAGAUAUGAAUGUCAAGUUUCCGAAGGAAAUGCGAGGAAGACGUCAAUACAGUUAGCUGGCUAGCCUAGCGUAAGUUUGCUAAGCAGAGUUAGAUAUCUGUGAAACACAUUUAUUUUUGUCAUAUUUUUUUCCACGUGAGAAAAUGAAGAGAACCGAAGAUAAAAACAAAAAACUCAUUCCGGACCAGCACGGAAGCAGCACCGCGGCGAAAGAUGUGAAGGAGUUUGCUGCGCCUCCUCCCCUGUUGUUCAGGAAGUUGAGUAACCCUGACCUGUCCCCCGCCACCAACAAGGCCAAACUACACCGACAGCUCAGCCAGGAUGACGGCCGCGCUCGCCGUAGCAGCAUGGCUAUGACCGGUAAGCAACUCCUGCCCCUGUCCAGCAGUAUGCAGGGUGGGGUGAGUCAGCUAGCCUGGCAGCCUCCUGGAGAACCCCCCAACAACCUGGUCCGCAUGAGGAGCCAGUCCCUGGGCCAGUCUGCACCAUCACUCACUGCAGGACUGAAGGAGCUCAGUCUUCCAAGGAGGGCCAGUUUCUGUCGGACAAGUAACAGGAAGAGCCUGAUUGUGACGUCCAGUACCUCUCCUACACUACCCAGACCACACUCACCACUACAUGGACACCCAGGGAGCAGCCCUCUGGACAGCCCCAGAAACUUCUCCCCCAACACGGCAGCACACUUCUCCUUCGUUCCAGCUCGCAGUCACGGGCACAGGGCUGACAGGGCGGAUGGCAGGCGCUGGUCUCUGGCCUCACUGCCCUCCUCUGGAUAUGGUACUAACACACCCAGCUCCACCGUCUCAUCAUCCUGUUCAUCCCAGGAGAAGCUGCACCAGCUGCCCUUCCAGCCGACGGCGGACGAGCUGCACUUCCUCACCAAGCACUUCAGCUCCGAGAGCAUCACAGACGAGGAUGGACGACACUCGCCCAUGCGCCCCCGCUCACGCAGCCUCAGCCCUGGUCGCUCACCCAUCUCUUUUGAUCAUGAGAUCGUCAUGAUGAACCAUGUCUACAAGGAGCGCUUUCCCAAGGCCACGGCUCAGAUGGAGGACCGGCUGGCUGACUUCCUGUCGUCCUCGGCCCCUGACAAGGUGGUGCCCCUGGCCGACGGGGUCCUCAGCUUCAUCCACCACCAGGUCAUAGAACUGUCCAGAGACUGCCUGGAUAAAAGCCGUGAGGGCUGCAUCACAUCACGCUACUUUUACGAACUGCAAGAGAACCUGGAGAAACUGCUGCAAGAUGCUCACGAGCGCUCGGAGAGUGUGGAGGUCACCUUUGUCACCCAGCUGGUUAGGAAGCUGAUGAUCGUCAUCGCUCGGCCUGCACGCCUGUUAGAAUGUCUGGAGUUUGACCCAGAGGAGUUCUACCACUUGUUGGAAGCAGCAGAGGGCCAUGCCAAGGAGGGCCAGGGCAUCAAGUCAGACAUCCCACGCUACAUCAUCAGCCAGCUGGGUCUCACCAGGGAUCCCGUGGAGGAGAUGGCCCAGCUGAGCAGCUACGACAGUGGGAACCCUGACACACCAGAGACAGACGACGCUGUGGAUAGUCGAGGAGCUCCCCCUAAAACCAAGGCCCCACGGGAGGAGGACUUUGAGAACAUCAAGCUCAUCAGCAACGGGGCCUAUGGUGCUGUGUUUCUGGUGCGACACAAGGAGACCCGUCAGCGUUUUGCCAUGAAGAAGAUCAACAAGCAGAACCUGAUCCUGAGGAACCAGAUCCAGCAGGCCUUCGUAGAGAGAGACAUCCUGACCUUCGCUGAGAACCCCUUUGUGGUCUCCAUGUUCUGCUCAUUCGAGACACGCAGACACCUCUGUAUGGUGAUGGAGUAUGUAGAAGGUGGUGACUGUGCCACCCUGCUGAAGAGCAUCGGAGCUCUGCCCGUGGACAUGGCACGCAUGUACUUCGCUGAGACUGUGCUGGCACUGGAGUACCUCCACAACUAUGGCAUUGUACACAGAGACCUCAAACCUGACAAUCUUCUGAUCACGUCAAUGGGCCACAUCAAGCUGACAGACUUUGGGCUUUCUAAGAUCGGUCUGAUGAGCCUCACCACCAACCUGUAUGAAGGACACAUAGAGAAAGAUACCAGGGAGUUCCUGGAUAAACAGGUGUGUGGUACCCCAGAGUACAUAGCCCCAGAGGUGAUCCUGAGACAGGGCUACGGGAAGCCAGUGGACUGGUGGGCCAUGGGGGUCAUCCUGUAUGAGUUCCUGGUGGGAUGUGCCCCUUUCUUUGGAGACACGCCUGAGGAGCUCUUUGGACAGGUCAUCAGUGAUGAGAUCAUAUGGCCAGAGGAGGAGGAGGCUCUUCCUAACGAUGCCCAGGACCUCAUCUCUAAACUCCUUAGACAGAACCCUCUGGAGAGGCUAGGCACAGGCAGUGCAUUUGAGGUGAAACAGCACCGGUUCUUCUAUAACCUGGACUGGAACACUCUGCUGAGACAGAAGGCAGAGUUCAUCCCUCAGCUAGAAUCAGAGGACGACACCAGCUACUUUGACACCCGUUCAGACAGGUACCACCACAUGGACUCUGAAGACGAAGACGACGCCAACGAUGACGAACACGUAGAGAUACGCCAGUUCUCCUCCUGCUCGCCCCGCUUCAGCAAGGUGUACAGCAGUAUGGAGCGUCUGUCCCUCCAUGAGGAGAAGAGGAACCCCCCGCCCACCAAGCGGAGCCUCAGUGAGGAAGGAGGAGAACGCAUCGACAGCCUCAGUAGUCUGAAGUCCAGAGACCGUGCCUGGCUGGUGGGGUCACCUGAGAUCCUGCGUAAGCGUCUGUCUGUCUCAGAGUCGUCCCACACCGAGAGCGACUCCAGCCCUCCCCUGACAGUGCGAAGACGCUGCUGCUCCGCCAUCAUCGAGAUGCCGCGCUUCGCCAUCUCCUCAGAGGAGGAAGCAGGGGUGGCCCCCAGCCAUAAGAGCCCCAGCCUGCUCAGCCAGACCCCCGGUGGGGUCAGGGGCCCCCGCAGCGAGGACCUGCCCCUCUCCAUCCCUGAGCUCCCCAUUGAGAGAGAGCUGAAACUGGACGAGUCCCCCACAACACCAGACUCUACAGCCAGCCAGCUCAGCAAAGCCACACUCACACCGGGCAGUUCAGGAGAUGUGUGGGAGCGUGGUUCAGGGGCAGACAGCUCUCCCUCUACCCCUAAGGCCAUCAGUGACCUGGCAGCUAGGAGGGCCCGCCACAGACUGUUGUCUGGAGACACAGACAAACACGCCCAGUCCAGACCCCUCAACAAGGUCAUCAAGUCAGCCUCCGCUACCACCCUCUCACUCAUGAUUCCUGCAGAUCACCACGGGGCCUCCCCAUUGGCCAGCCCCAUGUCACCCCACUCCUUCUCGUCCAAUCCCUCGUCUAGAGACUCCUCCCCCAGUAGAGACCUGUCCCCAGCCGUGGCCAACAUCAAACCCGCCAUCAUCAUCCACAAGGUGGGCAAGAAGUACGGCUUCACCCUCCGAGCCAUCAGGGUGUACAUGGGAGACACAGACAUCUACACAGUGCAUCAUAUGGUCUGGCAUGUAGAGGAGGGUGGUCCAGCCCAUGAUGCGGGGCUGAGAGAAGGAGACCUCAUCACUCAUGUGAAUGGAGAGGCUGUCCACGGCCUGGUCCACACUGAGGUGGUGGAGCUCAUUCUCAAGAGCGGUGGUAAGGUGUCCAUCUCUGCCACGUCCUUUGAGAACACUUCCAUCAAGGUGGGCCCCGCUCGCAAGACCGGCUCCAAAUCCAAGAUGGCGCGUCGCAACAAGAAGACCAAGACCAAAGAUAGCAGCCAGGAAAGCAGUAGUAAGAAGAGGAACUCUCUGUUCAGGAAGAUCACUAAGCAGGCGUCUCUUCUCCACACCAGCCGUAGCCUCUCCUCUCUAACCCGCUCUCUGUCCUCUGGAGAGAGUGGACCUGGGUCCCCCACUCACAACCUGUCCCCUAGGUCACCUACACAAGGUUACCGGUCCACACCUGACUCUGCACACUCUGUAGGGGGUAACUCGUCUCAGAGCAGCUCUCCCAGCUCCAGUGUUCCUAACUCCCCAGCCAGCUCCGGUCACAUCAGGCCCAGCUCUCUCCACGGCCUGGCCCCCAAGCUCCAGCGGCAGUACCGCUCCCCCCGCCGCAAGUCAGCCGGCAACAUCCCCCUAUCCCCCCUGGCCCGCACCCCCUCCCCAACCCCACAGAGCACCUCCCCCCAGCGCUCUCCCUCCCCCCUGUCCAGCCACGGGCUGGGCUCGACCUCUAUGGGCCAGACCUUUCCCGUCAAGCUCCACUCCUCCCCCCCUCUGGUCAGGCAGAUCUCCAGGCCCAAGAGCGCUGAACACCCCCGCUCCCCACUCCUCAAGCGGGUCCAGUCUGCUGAGAAGCUAGCCUCCUCCCUCUCCUCCUCCUCGUCCUCCCCAUCUCCAUCAGGCGGCGGAGGUGACAAGAAGUUGCCUGUAACGGUGACAGGGCGUAAACACAGCCUGGACAUCUCCCACGCUGAGUUUAAGAAGGAGAUGCUUCAGAGAGACCCCAGUCUGCAGAGUCUCCAGGAGUCAGCUGGGGAGAGAGAGAGUCUGCUGCUGGGGCCUGGGAUAGGGGGCCGUGGGGGUCCCGUGGAGAAGGGCAGCAUGCAAAAACCCUCCUCCUCCAGCAGGAAGCUAGGGCGUCAGGAGGGGGACGGGGGUUCAACGGCCGGGUCCCUGGGGCUUGCCCCCGGGAAGAGCAAACUGAAGGACAAGCUGUCAGCCAUCAGACAGGACCGGGCUGAGAGGAGGGAGUCACUACAGAAGCAGGAUGCUAUCCAUGAGGUAGACUCAUCAGAGGACGAGACAGACGAGGGGUCCGAGGACAGUCAGGACGGGCGUGGCAGGAACACCUGCACCUUCACCCCUCCACUGCUCCGCCCCACCUCCGUCAUGCCCACCGCCCCCCGCACAGGACCCGGGGGCACCCUCCCCUCCCUCUGUCUGUCCCCCUCCUCCACCCUGCUGCCCAGCAGAGCCACCAUACCCUCCACACUCCACGAACACAAGCCCACUCAGAGUGUUCCUUCGCUGGGAGGGAAAGACGGCGGCUCAGCCUCCUUGGAUGACUGUAGGCGGAGAGAUGGGAAGACUCCAGACCCCAGCAGCAAGUUCACCCAGAGCCCCCUGUCCAGCACCUUCGCAACCCCCGGCAGUGCUUUCAUCUCCGUCAGUAAGGACACCUUCCUGAAGCCUGCUGCUCCAUCUCCACAUCAGGACUGGAGGAGCCCCAAGCUGUCUGAGCCCAGGGGGAAGAGCAGUAGUCCUGGGUUAUGGAGUGAGGAGAGAGACUCUGGCCUGGAGGCCCCCAGAUCCAGCCCCACUGGGUCCAUAGACGGUAGAGACAUAGUCCCCACACCCAUCUCCUCCCCAGGCAUCACCAAGGAGAAGAAGGAGGCUGACAACAGGAGACAUGCUGCUGCUGCUGCCGCUGCUGCAGCCUACGCCACCCCAGACUACGCCACCCCCAGCCCCCCAGCCUCCCCAGCCCCAGUGUCAAGGUCAGAUAGCGGGGUGGACAAGAUGGUGUCACAGCUAGCCAACGUGGCUAUGAGCGUCCUGGGGCCCGUCAAACUCACCAUCCCUGGGGCCAAGGAGGCCUUUGAGAGAGCCAAGGACCAGAAUCAGAGACCCUCUGACCCCCCUCACCCCAAGGCCACACCUGACUCCCCCCUCACCGCCACCACCACUCCCCUCUCCCCCUCCCCCUUCAGACACCCUGCCCCUCAGCCCCCGCCCCGCCUGUCCUCCCAGUCUCCUCCCAGGCAGCCCUCCAAAACUGAGCCAGCCCCCCCUCCCCUUCCACAGAGGAGGCCCUCCCCUCCUAAAGACUGUACCCUGGCCCAGGGCCCCCAGCACCCCAUGGAGAUGCCGGUGGUGGUGUUACGAGGCAGCAGGGAGACUUCAGCCAUUACAGGUGUUACUGCACCGAGGAAGGGGCCCACCACCACACCCACCCAGUCCCCUACUGCGGCCUCAGAGCAGCGCAAUAGGCCAGACCCCCCGGCCCCACAGAGACCCAGCCCAGCCUCUGCAGCCUCCACCCCGCUGGACCAAACCAGCAGCAAGAAAACGUAG